ACCCUGGGUGCUUUCUGGCUUGGAGUCCUCUUGGCAGACAUGAGGCAACGAUUGCUCCCGUUCGUCGCCAGCCUUCUCCUUGUGGCCUUGCUGUUUCCAGGAUCGUCUCAAGCCAGACAUGUGAACCACUCAGCCACUGAGGCUCUCAGAGAACUCGGGGAAGGAGCCCCUGAGCAAGGCACAAACGGGUCUCAGCUGCUACACCACCCAGUGAAACAGGACCUCUUACCACCGCGCACACCACUUUACCAAGGGGAUGUUCCACCGGGAAUUAGAAAUACCAUCUGCCGUAUGCAGCAGGGGACCUGCAGACGUUUUUUCUGCCAUUCUGGUGAGAAAAAGCAUGACAUUGGCUCUGAUCCCUGGAAUAGGUGUUGCGUAUCAAAUACAGAUGAAGAAGGAAAAGAGAAACCAGAGAAGGAUGGCAGAUCUGGGAUCUAAAAUAUAAGCUCCUGGAAGGCAGAGAUCUUGAAGUAUCCCAAGGGAUUUAAAGGAAUGUGUGGCUUGUAGUAGGUGUUCAAUAAAUAUUUGUUGAAUGAAUUUAGCACCAAA